AUUAAAUUUUUGGUUACUACCUCAGAGAUUCGAAAGGAUACUGGUAGUAAGGUUUGUAAUAUGUUCGAUCAUUUGAAAUUCCUUGAAGAUUUAUUUUCUUCCUUUUAAAUUAAUUUUAAGUUACUUGUUUAAUAUAUAUUUUUGUUGAGUUUCGUAUAAAUACAUAUUCCAACACACUCCUGACUUAAUUCUUAAUUAAAUAAGUUCCUGAAUUAAUGGAAAAAUCGCGUCAUAAAAGUGCUUGACUAUCAUAAUCAUGUAUCAAGAAUAAGAAGUAUGAUCAACUGAUCCAAAAAUGAAUAUGGAAAACAUGAACGGAAAGAAGGAUUAUCCUUCCGAUAUAGAUUUGUCAACUAUAUCAAAUAAACAAAACUAUGGCAGUACCACAACAAUGCUAUCAUCAUUCGCUACGGGCACCAGCAAAUUAGUGUCCGCAGCGGACAGUGAUGUUCUGGAAGAACGAAUUCAAGUUCCCUCUUCGGAAAAUUAUGAUUUUAGUUUCAAAAGAUUGUGGGCUUUCAGUGGACCUGGUUUCCUAAUGAGCAUAGCUUACCUUGAUCCAGGAAAUAUAGAAGCAGAUCUCAAGGCUGGAAUAGAGGCCAAAUAUGCUGUUGUCUGGAUAUUAUUUUGGGCCACGUUAGUUGGCCUGUUUAUUCAAAGGCUGGCAGCAAGAAUCGGCGCAGUCACUGGUGAAGAUUUGGCUGAGACUUGCAGGAGAAGGUUUUCUCCUGUUCCAAGGUACCUGCUGUGGAUAAUGCUGGAAAUCACCAUCAUAGCAGCAGAUAUGCAGGAGGUGAUAGGGACAGCUAUCGCCUUAUACUUGCUUACGAACAAAAAGCUCCCAUUGUAUGGAGGAGUUCUCAUCACCAUAGUCGACACUUUCACAUUUUUAUUUUUGGAUAAAUAUGGACUUAGAAAGCUCGAAGCGUUCUUUGCAUUCCUAAUCGCUGUCAUGGCCAUCACUUUCGGUUACGAGGUAAGACAAUCUUUUUACGAUAUAUCAGCAACAAGUGCCACUAUGGACACACGGAAUUGAAUUUAAAUGUUAAAUCAAUAGGAAUUUAUUCUCCGUAUCAUUUUUACUUUCUCAAAGAAUAA